GUUUGUAUUACCCAUCUCUUUGUGAGAUCAAUAGUAAGUAACUCAAUCCUUCUUUGUGGUUGAUUGUGAGAGACUUGGGGCUAGUGACAGCCCGGCUCUUUGUGAGCAUCUCAACGGAGACGUAGCUCCUUUGUGGAGUGAACUUCGAAUUAAAUAUUGUGUCUCCAUUUACUUAUUGUUGUUCAUAUCGUUCUUGAGCUUGUUUCGACCCGAUCUACUAGAUAGGUGUAGAUCUUAUAUAUUAGAUUCCUGCAUAGUCUUACAAUACCUUUUACCAACUUUGUAUUCAAAGAGAAUCGUCAAAAGUUAAGUAUAUUUUGAAUUUAGUUGUUGGUUAUUUUCUCCCGGCUGGAAGAUCCGACCUUAGGCCGGAUCAUCCGACCCCCGGAAGAUCCGACCUUGUGCCGAAUGAUCCGGCCGCUGACGUUUUUCUACCAAGAUUUUCAGGAAAAAUUAGAACAAAGCCUAUUCGCCCCCCUUUAGGCCUAGUGUUGGUCCUUUCACAUAUGCUGGCGCUGAGCUGUACAUCAUGAAGCAGUACCAUGACUACAAGAUGACCUAUGGGAAAUCUGUAGUCGAGCAGGCUCAUGAGAUACAGUGCAUGGCCAAGGAGCCUGAGCACCUCAAGAUCAACCUACCCGACAAGUUUGUGGCUGGUGGUAUAAUUGCCAAGUUGCCUCCUUCAUGGAGGGAUUUUGCCACUACUAUCAAACACAAGAGGAUUGAGAUAUCAGUGUCUGAUCUGAUAGCAUCCCUUGAUGUUGAGGAAAAAGUUCGGGCCAAGGAUGGGCGAUCUAAGGCUGCUGAGGGCCAGACUAGCGCCAACAUGGUGCAAAAGUCUCAUGGCAAAGGCAAGAGCAAGGGAAAAAAGACCAAGCCGCAGCCUACCACUACUUUCAAGAAGAAAAAGUUCAAGGAAGGUCAAGGCUGUUUUGUGUGUGGAUCUACUGAUCAUUGGGCAAAGAAGUGCUCACACCGCAAAGGAAGGAAGCCUUCACCUAAGCAGAAGACUGUGAACACGGUCACCAUGGCUGAAGUGGAAACCAGUGGAUCGCUCGGAAUUUUACUGUGAUGAUGGGCAAUGGGUCGCAUGCUACUGUUCGUGGUGUUGGCACGGUCGAUCUGAAACUUACUUCGGGAAAGAUCGUGCAGCUGAAGAACGUGCAGCAUGUCCCUACUAUCGGCAAGAAUCUAGUUAGUGGAUCCCUUUUAUGUAGGGAUGGUUUUAAAGUAGUGAUUGAGUCCACUAAAUUUGUCGUGUCUAAGUGUGGACAAUUUAUCGGUAAAGGCUAUGAGUGCGGAGGCUUGUUCCGUUUUUCAGUUUCAGAUUAUUGUAAUAAGUCCGUGAACUUAAUUUCUGAUGGUAUAAAUGAGAGCGAUGCAUCUGUUUGGCACUCGCGUUUAUGUCAUCUGAA